UGGCUGAUUUGGAAGGAAGGCAAAAGACAGUCAGAGCGUCUUGUCCAGAUUUCUGCGACGACGACGACGGACGACGACGGCGACAAUGACGACAUCGAUCGCACCGGCAAGUAACGGCGCUGGUAGUAGCAGCGCUGCUGCUGUCAGCGACGGUCUGACCUAUCCGUAUCCCAAGCCGACGCCGAAUGCCUCGCUGCUGCUCUCGUUCCGACCGCGGCAAAAGAAGAUGCUGAUCGUCGGGGCGAAGCGGCUGGCUGCCUCGCGUGUCUUUGCGUCGCUUGAGGCAGAUGUCCACCCCGUCGUCGUUGGAGUCGAUUUCGUUGAGGGUACCGAAGGGAUGGCAGAAGCGUGCGACGAGGUGCGAUGGCGUGUGGGCGCAGGUCAGGCCGAGUGGCGCGAUGGAGCCAGAACGCAGGACGAGAGCUGGUGGAGCAGCUUGCUGGACGACGUGGAUGGUCGGGAUCGGAGCCUGUUCGCCGUCUGCAUCACCGACACGCUCUACACUGGACUCGAGGCAGCGGAUGAAGGUGGCCGUACUUCGAUGAUCGGCAGCAGCAGCAAGCUGUCCGACGCAGACGCACCACUGACACCGCUUGCGAGGGCAAAGAUGAUCAUCUCGCUCUGUCGGGCGAGGAGGAUCCCGGUCAAUGUUGCCGACCAGCCAUUACUGUGCGAUUUCAGCUUCCCUGCCACCCAUCGCUUCGCCUCUACUUUUGCGGCCAAGCAAGAGAAGGGGGAGGCGUCGACGACGACAAAGACAAGUCCCGCGGGCACCUCGCUGCAGAUUGCCGUGACGACCAACGGCAAAGGUUGUCGGCUUGCUGGGCGGAUCCGAAGGGAGAUCGUGGCCAGCCUUCCCAAAAAUGUGGGCGAUGCAGUGGAGAAGGUGGGCGAGAUGCGCGAGAUGGCAAAGCGGACGAGCGGGAAACGGCAGGAACGCGACGAGGCACAUACCAAGUCGCUUCGACGAAAGGCAGCCCACCGGCGCACAGCGACCGACGGUGGAGCGGAAAACGUGACGGAGGACGACCUAUCGUUUGAUAGCACGCCCAUCAACAGUCCAGUGCCGCAGCUGGCGUCGAGCAAGGGCGACGGAUUCUUCUUUGACCAGGUUGCUCACCAGCUCAAGGCUCAGCAGAAUCAGGAAAUCAAUGGGGAACGUGACGAGGAGGAGAGGAGAGAAGAGGAGACAGAGGCAGCACAGAGGGAAGAGUUGACAAGGCGCAGGAUGAGAUGGGUGGCUCAGAUGAGCGAAUACUGGCCCAUCGAGUACUUGGGUCGUCUGAGUGCUAGCGAGAUGGCGCGCGCCUUGGACACUUACAAGGACGAGCGCCAGCCUCUUGAUCGCGCUACAGUCUCCUCGUCGUCACAGAAUCGCGACGAGACGCCACGGGGUCGACAUCGGACACGCUCGGGCAAUGGCGGCGAGAACAUUAACAAUGGCGACGGCGACGACAACAGCAGCGACAACAACAACAAUAAAAUAAGUGGCCGAGCUCACUCGCAGCACGCCCUCUCCCUAUGCAGGCCGCCAGCAUCGAGCGAUGGGGGAAGAGGGCACAUCUUUCUUCUGGGAUCUGGCCCAGGCCACCCUGGUCUCUUGACGACGCUGGCUCGUGACCUGCUCACGUCGGUCGAUACAGACCUGAUCCUGUCCGACAAGCUCGUCCCCUCGUCGAUUCUCUCGCUCAUCCCGUCGGACACGCCGCUAGUCAUUGCGCGCAAGUUCCCUGGGAAUGCAGAGGGAGCCCAGAGCGAGCUCAUCGAGCUGGCGCUGCGAGCGGCGCGUGAUGAAGGCAAGCGCGUCGUGCGCCUCAAGCAGGGCGACCCUUUCGUCUACGGGAGGGGAGGUGAAGAGGUGCUGGCCUUUGCAAAGCAGGACGUCGCAUACACCGUCGUUCCGGGCAUCAGCUCGGCCCUCGCCGCACCUCUCAUGGUCGGCAUUCCUGUCACACAGCGGGGUGCGGCCGACAGCAUGACGCUCUGCACAGGCGUAGGCCGGGGCGGCAAGAGUGUCAAGCUGCCUGGGUACGAACGAGGCAGAACGCUCGUCGUCCUCAUGGGUGUCGCAAGGCUCAAGGACGUUGUUGUCACGCUCAUCAGCGGCUGGCAUGGCGAAGAGCAGCAGCAGCAGCAGCAAGGGUCUGGUACGAGGCUUGGUCGGCCUUUUCCCCCAUACACGCCCAUUGCUAUCAUCGAGCGGGCCUCGUCGCCAGACCAGAGACUCGUCGCAUCGACGCUGGAAAACAUCCAAGAGGCCUUGACGAGAUGUGGUGAGCAGCGACCGCCGGGGAUGAUGGUCAUCGGCUGGGCAGUUAUGUCCCUCGAGGGGCGACAGGGCAACGUCGACGUGCUAGAUGACGAGGACCAGUGCGCAGGCGAUGAAGAGGCACUCGAGCGCAGGGACCGGGCUAGGGUCGCAAGGUGGCUGGACGGCCAGGGUGGCUACCUUGUCAAGGAAGGUCUCGACCAGGGCUUUACCGAUUGCCUCAGGUCUGCUCCUGCCCCAGAGACGAAUGGUCAUUCGCUCCACGUCGAGCAACGGGGUCCCUCAGGCUGGGCGCCGCCUCGAUACGGACAAGACGGCCCGUGGGGUGGAUGGGGAGCCGGUGAGUAGCCAGCCGUGUAGGUCAUGCCGGUAAUUUCGAAUCGCCAGUCCCGAGAGAGCCAUGACGAGCACUUCUCUAACAAGACAUACAACGAAGACAAUCUGUAUUUUUACACCACGAAACAUGAAUCCUUUCUUUUCUCCC